CCUCCUUCCCCGAAGUGACAAAACAAAAACAACAAACGGAGACGAAGAAGCGGACAUUUAACAGGAAUUUAACAGGAUUAUAGACCACGGAGGUGUUUGACAUCGCACUCUAUCAUCCAGAGGCGAUGGCGGAGCAGAACAUCGAGGCCAAGCUGAAGAACCUGCUGAAGCAGGAGAAGAUCCAGCUGUGGAAUCCUCCGUUCACCCUUGAGGACAACCAGCCGGGUCUGCAGCACAUGCAGGAGCUGUCGGAGCGUUACGCCCCUCUGCUGGGUCUAUCUGUGUCGGAGGUAGGGGGCGCUCUGGAGGCCAUCAGAGUCCAGGCAGUGAAGAGAGGAAACGGAAACAAGACGUUCAGAGAGACCAACGUGGCCACACUGGAGCUGCUGCUGCCCAGAGACAGCAGGAAGGACCCGAAGACCAAGACCUACCUGCAGACGAGGCUGGACGUGUCAGUGCAGGACGUGGUGGACAGGAUUGGAGGCGAGCACGACCUCAGGUUCAUCAAACUGAUCCUGAACGGCAGAACUCUGACCGCGGAUCGGCGACUGGACGAACAGGGCGUCCGGAACCACAGUAAGAUGAUGGUCCUGAAGGUGAGCGACGCCGAGUGGAAGCAGCAGCAGAGUAAAGAGGAGGAGAAAAUGAAGAACCAGAACGAGAGCAUCCAGAGGACGCAGAAGUGUUUCCAGAUCCUGUCGGAGCGAGACGGCAGCGAAGACCCGCAAACCACACCUUUCCUGGAGAUUGGUGACCAGAAGGGAAACCCGCUGAACAUCCCCCCCAAGGAGAAGAAGGCUCUGAUCCUGGCGAUGGGUUUCCACGAGAAAGGUCGAUCUCUGAUGAAGAAGAAGCAGUACGACAACGCGCUGUGUCACCUGCUUCAGGCCGACCAGCAGUUCAGUAAAUGCGGGUCGGUGCUGCUCAGGUCCGUGGAUAACUACGCCGUCCUGCAGCUGGACAUCGUGUGGUGUUACCGAGCGCUGGAGGCCCUGUCCUGUCUGGACGACGGCAGGCUCCGCCUCCAGAGGGCGGAAGACUGUUUCAUUCAGUGUUAUGGAGAACAGCAGCAGAGAUUACGCAUGAUCAAGGGUAACACAGGCAGAGAGGAGGUGCUGUUCCUGCGCUUGUACCUCCUCCAGAGUCUGCUGUCGUUCAUCGAAGGGAACGACGCCCAGGCCCGACAGCAGCUGUGCAAAGUGGAGUCUCUGUACAGUCGCAUGUGUCCAGACUCAGAGAAGAUGGCCCAGCUCAUGACCCUGGGGUUCACCGAGAGGGAGGCCCGACUGGGACUCAGAGCCUGUCAGGGAGACGUGGAGGAGGCCGCCAUCCACAUCAGCAACCGCAGACAGGAGCGUGAGGAGCUGAAGCAGAGGGAGCGGCAGAAGAGGAGGACCAGGAUGGACGCCAUCUGCACCCUGACCCAGCUGGGCUACUCCAGGACGGACGCCGCCAGAGCCCUGCACCAUGCCCACGGAGACCUGGACCGGGCCUACGGGAUCCUGCUGGACUCCAGUCAGACCGCCCAGGCCUCCAACAACAACACAGAGGAGGAGCUGAGUCCACAGAAGGUGGAGCAGUUGUUGUAUCUGGGCUUCGAGCGUCUGGCGUCUGAAACCGCCCUCAGACUGACGGGCGGAGACGUCCAGUCGGCCACUCAGCUGCUGCUGGACAACCAGGGCGUCCUGCCUGCUGAGCUGCUGUCGGUGUCCCCCCCGUCCACGUCCACGUCCCCCUCCUCUGAGGAGCCCAGCACCUCCUCCACCUCCACAGAGGACGACGAGCUGGUGAACGAGGUGCUGGAGGACAUUUCCCGUCACGAGGAGGAUUACCUGGACCUGACGCUGGAGGAGGAAGGAGAACUCAUCGACACCAUGAAGACGUACCUGAGCAGAGGCUCCGCCCACACCGUCUCAUAAACACUCACAUGCUUUACUGCAUUCAAAGCCAUACUUGUUCAUUUCUGCCCAAGCGGUGCCAAAGCUACGACACGGCUGCAGGACCACUUCAGGUACAGCCAGGAUUAAUCAGAACUUUUAGUUUCAUGGUUUAACAAAAUAAUCAGCUGACAGAUGUGAUGAUUUGAAUUUUUGUUCUAAAAUGUAAAAUGAAGAAAAUUCGGCUGCACUUUAUGAAUAUUCUGUUCACGUAAAAGGAUCAACAUUAAAUCCACUCGUUGGCUGUUUUAGAGAAACCAAAAAUACUCAGUUUGUGACAUUUUUCAUUUAUAUUUUGUUUCUACAUGGGCUGUGUCGGUUUAAUGGAGCCAAUA